UCCAAUUUUUCUCUCACUAAAGUUCACUCUUGAGAUAGAGUAAGAAAUAUAAUUCGGAAUGAGGAGAUUUACCCGGUCUAGGUCAUACUUUGUGUUCUUGUUGUGUGUUUUAUAUUACGGGUCGAGUGUGUCCAGGUCAAACCCGGUUAACCCACCCCGCUAUAUUUACACCAUCAUUUUUGGCGCCCACCGUGGGGCCGAUUUUUAAAGUUUUUUCGACCAGGUCAAAACUUUACCCCCACUAAAUAUCCACAAUCAUGUCUUCGAGCAACUACAACGCUGUGUCAAGCCAGGCUGCGAGUGAAAGCACUCCUGCCAUCCCAUUGAUGAUGUCGAGCAUGGGGACGACCUUUGCUCCGAUCACUACUGUAGGAUCAAUUGGCAUGAUCCCAAUCAUGUCAACCCCAACUCCUACGCCGACGACAACAAUGUUCCCAGGCUCGAUAACAACGCCUGGUGGAGCAUUCACACCAUACCCGUCAGCUUGGGCUCAGUUUGCUGCUGACCCGGCAAAUGCUCAGGCUCUACAGGGCUAUCAACAGAAGUACCAGGACAACUGCAUCAAGAGGAAGAAAUUUACCUACCUUAACACGGUAGGGCAGAGGGAGAAGGAGACCUUGACUCAAUUCUUAACCCGCUGGAGGGACGAGGUUGACAAGGUAGAAGAGAUGGACGAUAAGACGGCCAUGUCUUUGUUGAUGAAUGCCUUCCGGUCAGGUGACCUCUACACUGAAUUCUGUAGGAGGCCGCCCUCCUCUUAUCAGGAAGCAUACAAUACGGCAUGGGAAUAUGCCGAGGCAGAAGUGCAGAACAAGAAUAAGCGGGAGCUGGAAGAAGGCUACACAAAGUCGAAAUCCGAUAAGCUAAAGAAGGAUGAGCAGACAGGAGGGUCCAAACUAAAGGCCACAUAUGACGGAUCCAUCCACCAAAUAAGGGAUGAUAAGAAAGGAGAGCAACCCAAGAGACAAUGGACGGAGAAGUGGUGCACAUACCACCAAUCCGAUUCCCACAACACGGCGGAUUGCCGAAAUGUCAAGGCUGUGCUCAAGGAGAUGGCCUUGAAAGGAGAGCUUGGGGAAGGUUACGCGACGGUUGCUAAAUUCUAUGAUUGUACAAUGUUCCCAUUACCUUCCCACGAGCUUCUUAUUUUGUCCAUGGAUGAACAGGGGAAGGUCACAAAUCCUCCUCUAUAAAUAUGAUGAUAUUGGAUAGAGGAGGGGAUCCAAUUUUUCUCUCACUAAAGUUCACUCUUGAGAUAGAGUAAGAAAUAUAAUUCGGACUG